AUGGAUCGGGAGCUCCCAUUAGCCCUGAUCACAAUCUUGUCUGCCAAAUCAUCAAUCGCCUCGCAACAGAUCCGAACUGCGUUUGGACCACGCGUCAACUUGGACCACUGUAUUUACCGAGAGGGAUUUGAAGAGCCAGCUUCAUGCUACAUCAUCAAAAGCCAGUCCACUGGCAGUCGCACCAUUGUCAACUAUAACAACCUCCCUGAGAUAACCCUGGAAGAAUUUAUCGGGGUAGCCAAUGAGCUAGGUCCAAAAGCUACUUGGUUUCAUUUCGAGGGUCGAACGCCAGAAAUGACCCUCCAGUUUAUCCAUUAUCUACGAAAACAAUAUCCUUCCAUGAAAGUGAGUGUCGAGGUUGAAAAGCCCGGCCGGUCGGGUCUUCAGAAACUUGCCGAGGAGGCCGACGUGGUUUUCUACUCGAAGACAUGGGCUCAGGAUCUUGGAUAUAGAACGGCAGAAGAGUGUUUACGGGAGCAGUCCACACGUGUACACAAAGCAUCAUUGCUAUUUUGUACUUGGGGCGAAGAUGGAGCCAGUGCCUUGGAACCAAGUACUGGAAACUUUGCAAAUGUGGCAGCUUACACAACAGAGAAUUUCCAAGUUGUCGAUCCGAUUGGCGCUGGUGAUACAUUCAUUGCGGGAAUGCUGUAUGCUUUGAACUGCAAAGGCAAGGAUUGGGACCUUUCUAAAAAGCUUGUAUUUGCGAACCGGGUUGCGGGCAUAAAGGUGUCCCAGGAGGGAUUCGCGGGUCUAGACCGUGUAUUCGCAUCCUUUGUAUGA